GGUUGGCCACUGUUUUAGCUGCAAUAUUAACUACGAGUAGGUAUGUGGCAAAUUUCUGUUUUUUGUUUGUGGAAAUAUGCAUUACUCAAGGUUUUGGUUUGGACGAGGGAUUAAUUGCGUCAUGUUUAGUACGUAUUUCUAAUCCUGGAGUGGAACUUCUAUAAGAGUUGUACAUUUUUACAUAUUGGAGAAAAUUGUUUGGCAAGAAUUAAUUUAUUAAUGAAAUAUCAACCAAUCUUCUUCUAUCUUGUUCGCACUUAUUACAUAAUUUAGUCUUAAAAUCUGUGAAACGAUGUUAAACUCUAGCAGAAAUGUAAAAUUACUGUUUUUGACUUGUGUCCUGUGGAGUGUGACGAGUUGGACGUCAGGACUUCAAUGUUACUCUUGCCUGUACGAGAGAAUCGUCCGUUUGGGGAAUGAAAGUGGGAGUGGUUCCGUAUUCAAAGGGGACGCCAAUUGCAGAAAAUUCAUUCCCGGCGAAGAUCCCAAGAUUUCGCUCAAAUCAUGUAACAAUGAAACCGAAGCGAUCAAUUAUGCGGAGACGGAAGAACUAAAAACCCUCCAAGCAACGUUAUAUGAGCCAGAUCCUCUCAUUUUCCGCAUGGCUUGCAUAACAAUGAGUGUGGCCAAAGUGACGCCACAAUCUGAAAUCGAUGUCGUUUUCCGAGGCUGUUACGCGAAAAGAGUGAUCGUCAAGCUGUCGUAUGAUGACGUGGAGCUGGAGGAGGAGGGUAUGACCACAACGACCACACCCCGUCCACCCCUACCCCCAGUGCAUUGCGCCGUCCCCCAGAAGUCGGUGUGGGAGCUGGUGAGAAGUGGUGGACUCGAUAAUUCCCCAAUUAAUGAAAAUUCACCCACGUUAAAAGCCUGCGUUUGCGAUACGGGCGACGGAUGCAACUUGGCGCCAAGGUUUGGGGGACAGCAAAUUGUAAUUUUUACUGCUUUGGUAACCACUAGUGUUUUUAGAUAUUUGCAUACGAGCUAUGUACACUGAUCGUGCUCUACUUUCAGUUAAAAUUGUUAAAUUACAAAAGUUACGCUAGAUUUUUAGCUAAAAAUAAAAUAAAAACCACUCCGAUAUUUGCAUUUAGCAGCCUCAAAGAGUUUUAGCACAAAAACUAACAUGAUAUGUAAAGGCUUGUGGCACAUACCAUUUUAAUAUUGAUGAAAAGAGUACUUCCCCAAAUUGUAAACCAUUAAUUUUAACUCUGCGUCCGCAUUAGUUUCGGGGAUUGUUUAUUAUUCACAUCGUCAGCAUGCAAUCUAUCUGCACAAUUAUUAGCUUAAAGAAUUUAUUAAAAAAAUAUAUGCAACCUUAAACCUGUUCAAAAUUA